AAGAGACAUAAACAUAUAUUCUUCCUUGUUGUCAGUGAGAGUCCGAGGUUGUAGGUUGACAUCUCAACCUGAGGUUUGAUGAUACUGGAUGUUGUGUAAAAACACUUCAUUUUAAGAUGUGGUUGUGCGUUUUGAUCGGCCUUAACUUCAUCACCAUGGUGCUCGGGUAUGCAAGUAAACCCUUCCCAGAGUCGUGCGGGUCAAUGUUACCAAAGCAUGGAGCUUCUCCUCAGACCACUAAACCACCGUUUGAGAUACAGUACGAACAAGGCAACGAUGACGAGCCAAUAACAGUUAUUCUUAAAAGCAAGUCAUCCACAAAAUUCCAGGGAUUUAUGUUGGAGGCCCGGGAGAGAGGGACGGUGGACGAAGGAGUGCCUGUUGGCAAAUUUAUAAUACUUAAUCCGAUACACACUCAACUCAUGAAAUGCAAUGGGUUAGAAAACUCGUCUGUUAUUCAAGCAAGCAAUCGAGAAAAGACUUUGAUCAAGGUUAACUGGACAGCGCAGGGAGCUGAUCUGGACAUUGCUUUCAGAGCCACAUUUCUUCAGAAUGCUUUGACAUUCUGGGACCGAGUGGAUGUGAUUGUCACCUCUGCAGGUAAUGAGUUGAGUACUACACAGCCAAGUCCUACUGGAACAAUUACUACAAAGAUGACUACUACAACAAAUAAUAAUGCAAACCGUCAACACUCACUGACUCGGGAGGAAGGAAGUAUUAUAUUGAUGUGCACCAACUGUUUUGUUGAGAUAUUGAUUAUGAUGGUCAUCCUCCUCGACGGCUACAUCUGUCUUGCUAUAGAUAAGUGGUUUAUCAUAUCGAGCAGUGUGUUUUGUGCAGGAGUUGAAAUAGCAGCCCUGGUCUUGAUUUUUGUUGGGGAAUUUUAUGAUGUCACUCUCGCAGCUUUUGUGUGUGUUGUGUCAGUGAUCAACUUAAUAGAGCUCACAAUCGCCUCCCUGCCAUUAAUAUGGGACUUACAAAAAUGGAAAUGCGACAUUGCUGUGACAGUGUGUUCUCUACUCCAGGUGAUUUUUACAAUUGCCAUCAUGUAUGUUGGUGUUUUGAAGCUUGACGGCUGUGGGCUGACCUGGAUGGUGUCUUGGCCUCUAAUAGUGUUGAUCACAUACACACUGUGGAUUUACCUGUUCAUUGCCUGGGCUAUCAUAUUCAGAAAAACAAUACUGAGGAAACUUGAAAAAUGGGAACAAAAUGAAGGGUGGAACAUCUGUGCAGCUAGGAUGAGCGUUAUUGGUGUUCCGGUGAUCAUCGUCGUUGGAACCAUUUCCUUCACUGUAGCUAUCAUGGUCGGGAUAGCUACGUGUUAGAAAAAAAGAUCCCAGAUAUACUCGAAAAUCUGAUUCUAAUUAUAUUAGGUUCCCACAUACACAUAAGGAAUAUGUUUUGGUAAGAAGCAUGAAAGUAAAAAAUAUAAAUUGGGGAACAGUAAAUAAGUGUAAUAAACUUUCAGUUUUAUGCAUUUUAUAUUUAUUUGUCACAAAUGUUCAGGUUUUCUACUAAUGUUGGCUUUUGUAAAGGUCAUAAAAAUGAAUGUUGAUCAUGUAAAACUGUUUUCAUGGGUGAUUCCUCUUGAGUUUAAAAUACAGCACAUUUAUAAAUAACAUAUAGGAUUUUCAUAUUUAUUACAUGUUCUCAUAUUAUCGAUCACAUUCUUAGAUAUUUCCAGUGCGUUCAACACCAUCCAACCAGUUCUUAUGAGGGAGACUUUACUCCAAAUCUUAUAUUCAUAAUCAUUUUCCUAACUUUACCAUUGCAAACAACUAUUACAAUUUUACAUGCUUGUCUCUUAUGUUGUAUUUUGUAUUUAGUAUUUUGUUUAUCGAUCUAUGUGUAAUGCCCUUGACAUGCAGCUGUAAUGUUAUAAUUUCUCGAUAAAAGGAUCAAUAAAGUACAUCUAUCUAUC